AUGGAUGGUUUUAAUUGGACGUUGAUACCUGAGAAUGGCAGCAUACCCUUCCUCCAGUCAUCCUCCAGGGACUCCGCCUCCAGGAACGUGUCAGAGAUGGCUGCUCUGAUGCCCUUUGACGUGGUCACUGCCGUGGUCUACACCAUCGUCUUCAUCACGGGCCUCAUGGGAAACACUCUGGCCAUCUAUGUGGUUGUCCGCUACGCCAAAAUGAAGACGGUGACCAACAUGUACAUCCUGAAUCUCGCCUUGGCGGAUGAACUUUACAUCCUGGGGAUCCCCUUCCUGGGGACCAACAGUGUGCUCUCUUACUGGCCUUAUGGGGAUUUUUUCUGUAAGGUGUGUAUGACAGCUGAUGCCAUGAGCCAGUUUGCCUCCACCUUCUGCCUAACGGUGAUGAGCAUCGACCGCUACCUGGCUGUGGUUCAUCCUAUCCGCAGCAUGAAAUGGAGGAAGCCUCAGGUGGCGAAGGUUUUUAACGGGAUGGUCUGGGUGGUGUCUUUCCUGGUCGUGCUGCCGGUCACCGUCUACUCCCACGUACAGGAGGAGCUGAACACCUGCAACAUCACCUGGCCUGAUCCGAAAGAGCUGUGGUCCAUUGCCUUCAUCCUCUACACCUCCAUCCUGAGCUUCUUUGGUCCUCUGGUGGUCAUCUGCAUCUGCUACCUGCUCAUCGUCAUUAAGGUGAGGUGACAGAUUCGGUUCAGUUGAGACCACUUCAGUCAGUCCAUACAUGUGUGUACAUGGAAUGACCUCUGUUCCAUGAACAUGAAACAGCUGAGAAAUAUAAUCAGUAUUAGAUUAAGAAAAACUACAUGAAAAUCUAUUUAUUUGUGAAGCAAUUAAGAGAAGUUUCAUGUAAAAGGAAGAAGAACGGACAGUAAGAUGAUUUUUACAGAGGAGGGUGGUGGUCUAAAGGGAUCCUGCUGACAGUCUGUUUGGUACCCAGUAUCUUUCUACUGCUUAUCUAAAUAUCUGAAUUUGGUUUGAUCAUAAUUUCCCUGAGCUCUUCCUUUUGUCUCAAUCCUUAAAUUUUGAGUCUUGAGGUGGGCUUGAGGAGAGCAGUAGCAUUUACCCACUGACUCUGUUCUGAGAGCUUCCCGCCCUUUGACAUCCAUAUGUCCGAGCCUGAAGCACACCUCCCUAUGUUUUUUUUAUAGGCAUAGAUAUAUGCUGAUACACAAUGAUGUUGAAAGAGCUGAUGCUUUCCCUGCAAAGGCCUCUGAGAUCUGUUCUGAGACAUUUCUGUCUGAAUGCUAAAGCCUCGGACAUGAUCACACCUCCACUUUGCUCUUUGUGCAUACAUGUAAAGCCAAGGUGGAGAGAGCAACAGCAAAGUCGCCUUGGGUAGAGUGUAGAGCAGCAUCAGUGACAGUCCCUAAGGAGGAGGAGGGUGACCAAGCAGUUUGCAAAGGAAGCAGGAAGAGUCAGCAGGCUCAGGCAGGUUUAAGAGAACAACAGCUGGAUGUGGGCAAAGUCAUCGAGUUUGACUUGGUGACCUGCCUGAACUAGUGCAAAGCUCAAUUUGGAGUUUUCAUUAUCUUAUGCAGACUUUCCCUUUAACUGUCCUCCUUUUAGGUGCGGUCCACCAGUGUACGUGUCGGCCUGACCACACGUCGUAAAUCAGAGCGUAAGGUGACGCGUAUGGUGGUGAUCAUCGUGUUGGUGUUCGUUCUCUGUUGGCUUCCCUUCUUCACCACCAACAUCGUCAACCUGAUUCACAUCAUUCCUGAGAAUAAAACCAACAAGGCCAUCUUCUUCUUCCUGGUCAUCCUCACCUACGUCAACUCCUGCGCCAACCCCAUCCUCUACGGCUUCCUGUCUGACAACUUCAAGCAGAGCUUCCAGAAGGUUCUCUGUGUCCACAAACCCAGCAGUGUCGGCUCUAAAGAUCAGAGGGGAGGCAGAAAGAAGCCAAGGCAGGAAAACCACAGUCCCAUUUACUCACCAGGGGCCCCCCCACAGAACGGGGUACUGCAGAGCGUCCAGGUAAUGUGUGACCAGCUGAGAACACACCAACACAGCUCUGCAUAAAAACCCAAACUACCGUUCGAUAAAACAGGAAACUUGAUUUCUGUUGAUAAAUGCUUAUCGCUGUGUCUGUAGUAUUACUCAUUACUGUGUUUCUGUAGUAGUACUCAUCACUGUGUGUCUUGUUUCAGCCUGAAAUCUGCAGAGAUCUUGACAGCGAGCCCGAAACUCCAUCAAUCAACCAUCUACGGCCGGACGUCAUGCUAACUUCGACUCUGACCAACCCUGAACUUGAGAUCAUCUCUGUUUAA